AUGUUAGUUGAUUUGAAUAUAAAGUGGCCUCAAGAAAGCUUUGAUAAAAAAGCUUUACCAGAAGAUUUGGUAAAAUUAGAAGAUACUUUAAGCAUUUGCCAUACUUUAGGUUAUACACAUGUUGCAUUGAAUUUUACUGUUAACCAUGCUAGUAAAUUUCCAAACAAUGUUAAAGAAUUGAAUCCGAUGGAUAUAAAGGAAAGAUUCAAGACUUUUAUUGAAAAUACAGGUAUGAAAAUAUAUUCAAGGAUUACACUGAUAAUAGAUGAUCCAUCAAAGGGACAGUCUUUGGCAAAAAUAUCACAGGCUUAUGAUAUUAUUGCUGCAAUGCCAAUUAGUGAAAAAGGCAUUACCUUGGCCACUACUAAUCUAGAUAUCGAUUUAUUAACAUUUGAUUAUAGCCAAAGAUUGCCAGUAUUUUUAAAACAUAAAUCAAUUUGCGGAUGUGUUAAAAGAGGUGUAAAAGUAGAAAUUCCAUAUGCUUAUGCAUUGAGAGACCUUCAAUCUAGAAGACAAUUUAUUUCCAAUGCUAGAAGUGUAAUUAGAAGUUCCAGGUCAAGAGGUAUCGUAGUUAGUAGUGGAGCACAAAAUUCUUUAGAAUGUAGAAACAUAAUCGGUGUUACUAGCUUAAUAAAGACGUUAGGUCUUGAAAGUGACAAAUGUGGUAAGGCUAUGGGCCAGUUGGCAUCAUUAGUUUUACUCAAUGGUCGGUUAAGAAACAAAAGUUAUAAACAAACAAUUGUUGUUGGUGGUGAUGUGAGUAAUGUAGUUGAUGAUAUUGAAGGGAUUGACGAAACUAAACUGGUUAAAAUCGUUAAACGUAACGCUGACAGUGAAAUUUCAAGGGAUAAAAAGAAAAUGUCGAAAAAAUGA